CAAAACAUUCACAAUCAUACUUACACUUUCUAAUUUCCUCUUCAACUUGUUUCAUUUGAUUGUCAUCAUAUUUACUUCAUAAUGGCUAAAAAUGUGGCUCAAUCUGCUACCUUGGCUUCCCUUGACCAAAAGCUGGCCUUGGCAAAGCGCUGCUCUCAUGAGGGCGUGGUUGCUGGAGCUAAGGCAGCCAUUGUUGCUACCAUUGCCACUGCAAUUCCGACUCUAGCUAGUGUAAGGAUGCUGCCUUGGGCAAAAGCCAAUCUUAAUCAUACCGCACAAGCUCUCAUCAUCUCCACAGCGGCAGGAGCUGCUUAUUUUAUAGUUGCAGACAAGACUGUUUUGGCUACGGCACGGAAGAACUCCUUCAAGCAUGCUCCUAACAAUAUGGAAGCAUGUAUUUGAGCUGGUUUUAAUUUAAACUCAACAUGUAAGCCAUAAUUAUAUUACCAUUCAGUUGGCUAAAGAAAAGGGGGGGGGGGUUGGGCGGGGAGACUUGUAUUUGUAUAUAUAAAUAAAGAUGGUUUUUUAUUACAAGAAGUUUUAUACCCUUUGCAUUUGGAUCGGUUUCUGUGUCUGGUAACUCAUGUAAUAAGAGUUGGCUGGUUUGCAGGGGCUUUGGGUAUUAGCUUACAUAGCUAGCACGAGGUUUUAAUGGCUUUCUAGUUUAUAUUCAGAUUCCAAGUCCACCUUGGAUUUUUCUAAAAUAACAU